UAAGAUCAGUAGCUAAAAUGAUUCUCUUCUUCAGAGCUUUCUUCUUUCUUAUAAUUAUCAGCUUUCUCAUUUUCGUAGGAGCUCAAGCAAGAACUUUACUAGGAAAUCACCAUGGGAUGGUGAAGUUGAAGUUGGGAAAUGGUAAUUAUGGAAGGACACCAUAUAUAACACCUACACCACCAACAUCAUCUCCACCAACAAAUCAGGAAAUAGUUAAUGGAAGACAUGAUCAUGAAUUACCACCUCCUUCUCCCAAGCAUGAACCAAUUAUUGGCCAACUCACAACAAUUAGUACUAGUCCUCAUCAUGACACCGCCGCGGCGCCGCUCAUGAUUACAGUUGGUGGGAGGCACGAUCAUGUAGCGGCACCACCACCACCAGAGCCACAAGAUGAGCAAAGGCAGAUCAUUAUCACAUCCUCUUCUUCUACUUUGCCUCUUCAGGCUUCCUAUUAAGUGUUGAAGUGGACCUCAGCCCCUACUCUGAUACCAUGUUGAAGUUAAGCCUUUAAAUGAGAUGAUCACACACGUCAACGUUAAGCUAUAUACACUCUACGUUAUGGGGACUUUAUAAUAUAAGUAUAGUAUUUUUUAUUUUAUGUUAUAAAGUAGCGAGAAUAUAUAUAUAAUCUGGUUUUAGUUCACUUGAUGAGUUAAUUAGCUAGCUCUCAAGUCUCAAGAAUAAUAUGUGUAAUAGACGUCUUGUAAUGGAGUAACUACGUAGUUAGUAAAUGAAUUUGAGGGAGUGAUAUAUGGUUUUAACUUAUUAUAAUUAUAAAA